AUGUAUUCUUCCAGAGGGAGUGGCGCUUACGGCCAAUCGUACCCAGGUCAAUCCGGAUACGGUCAAAACUUGAGUACUAAUUAUUCUGGAGCUUCUGUUGGAGGACAUGAUGCUGCCCAGCAUUCUGCAGCUUCGAGGCACUCGGGUAUAUUAGGUAGUUCUCAGGAGGCCGAUGUUGGUAACUAUAGGGCUCAUAGUGCUGUUGCUCAGUAUGGAGGACAGUAUAGUUCUGUUUAUGGGUCAGCUGCUUUGAGCACAGCUCCUCAGGUUCCUUCAUUGGGUACCAAGGGAGCUGCUUCGUCAGCUUUAGAUGCUCGGGGAGGGUAUUCUUUGGGUGUUUCAGAUUCUCCCAAGUUUGCUUCUGGUGACUAUGUUCCCUCUUCAAGCCAUGGGUAUGGUCACAAAUCUGAUCAAUUGUAUGGUGACAAGAGUUUGGAUUAUUCUGGAUUAGAUAGAAGGCAAUAUGGAGAACGGCCGAGUGGUUACGUUGGUAGGGAUUUGCCGAGUGAUCAAGCUGGGCGCUAUUCUACUGAUGCUGUUGGAUACAGUCAUCAACAUCAGCAAUCAGAAAUUUAUGACCGCAUUGAUCAGGCAACUUUGCUUCGACAAGAGCAACUGCUGAAAUCUCAGUCUCUGCAAGCUGCCUCACUGGAUGGGGGUGCGAGACAAACUGAUUAUCUUGCAGCUAGGGGUGCUGCAAGUCGUCAUCCAACCCAAGAUCUAAUGUCUUAUGGAGGAAGGAUUGAUUCUGAUCCCCAUGCUUCGUCAAUGCUAAGUGCUACUUCAUAUAGUGGACAACAUGCACCUUCAAUACUAGGAGCAGCACCAAGGAGAAACGUGGAUGAUCUCUUGUAUUCCCAGAAUGCGUCAAAUCCUGGUUAUGGAGUGAGCCUGCCACCUGGUAGGGACUAUGCCAGUGGAAAAGGUAUUCAUGGAACUGCUAUGGAUUUAGAUUACCCAGGAAAUCUGCUGCCACAUGGUGGGCCUACUGACCGGAAGGACGACCGGGCUAGUUAUCUUCGGGAAUUUGAACUAAGGGAAGAUGAACGACGCCGGGACCGCUUGCGUGAUAGAGAUAGGGACAGAGAAAGAGACAAAGAACGCGAACGAUUGCGUGAACGGGAUCGAGAGCGCGAAAAGGAGCGCGAAAAAGAGCGCAUGCUGGAGCGGCGUGAAAAGGAGAGGGAGCGAGAUCGCAAACGAGCACUUGAAGUUAAACCUGAACGAACUCCAGUCAGAUCCUCCAAGGACCCUCGCAGUACUUCAAAGGAUCCUCGCGGGUCAUCUUUGACAAAGGAGGGGAAAUCUUCACGAAGGGACUCCCCACAUCGUGGUUUACAUAGGCACCGUUCACCUGUUAAAGAAAAACGGAGAGAAUAUGUCUGCAAGGUGUACCCUUCUUGCUUGGUAAAUAUUGAGAGGGAUUACCUCUCAAUUGAUAAGCGGUAUCCGCGACUCUUCAUUUCUCCCGAAUUCUCCAAGGCUGUUGUGAACUGGCCAAAGGAAAAUCUUAAACUCUCUUUACACACUCCUGUCAGUUUUGAGCAUGAUUUUAUUGAAGAAAGUGCCAGAGACACUUCCGGCAAGCUUUUGACGGGACAACCUACAAGUUCAGAACAAGGAAAUACAGUUUGGAAUGCCAAAGUUAUUUUGAUGAGUGGGCUUAGUAGGGGUGCAUUGGAGGAGCUGUCAUCUGAUAAAAUUUUUGAUGACCGCAUUCCUCAUAUUUGCAAUUUCCUUAGGUUUGCAAUCCUUAAGAAGGAUCAUUCAUUCAUGGCAGUUGGCGGUCCAUGGGAACCUGCUGAUGGGGGUGAUCCAUCUAAUGAUGAUCACUCUUUGAUUAGAACAGCCCUUAGACACUCGAAAGAUAUUAGUCAGCUUGAUUUGCAAACAUGUCAACAUUGGAACCGGUUUCUUGAGAUACAUUAUGAUAGAAUUGGUAAAGAUGGUUUCUUUAGCCACAAGGAGAUUACUGUACUUUAUGUUCCUGAUUUGUCUGACUGCCUCCCUUCAUUGGAUGAAUGGCGUGAUCAGUGGCUUGCCCACAAGAAAGAUGUGGCUGAAAGAGAACGUCAAGUUUCUCUAAAGAAAGAGAAAUCGAGGGUAAACAAGGAAUCAAAUGGUAAGAGGAAAGAAUCUUCUACAUCUGGAAAAUCUGAUGUUAAGAAAAAAGAGAAAGAUAAUAGUGCUGUUAAGGAUGUAACCGAAAAAAAAGCUGGAUUGAGCAACAGUAAAAUUGCUAAGAAUGAUGCAUCGGACAUAGGUGAUGGUAAGAGUGCAGAGAAAAAGCCACGGGAAACUACCCCCGGUCAAACCACAGGAAGUGUUAAGCCUGUGAAGAAGAAAAUUAUAAAGAAGAUCGUGAAAAAAGUUGUCAAUAAGACAAACGAUACAGCCAAGAGACAAACUGACAAGCCAGGUGAGAAGGAUGUUGCAGAUAAAGUGGCCACAUCAGAUGUGCCUGUUGAGGAGGCCAAGUCUUCUGUGGAUCCUACUGAGAUUCAAACUCCUGGGAAAGACAUAGUUGCGGAGGAUAUUCCUGUUGGGAAAAAUGAUAAGGAAAUAAACAGUUUAGAAGAUAAGCCGCUGGACAAGUUGGAUCCAGCAGUUAACACAGGCACCAAUGAUUCUACUGUGAAAACAAUAAAAAAGAAAAUUAUCAAGCGGGUACCUAAAAAGAAGGUAGUUGACGAGACAUCUAAAUCUCUAGUAAAUGAAGGAAAUGUUAUGGCAGUUCAGGCACAGGAGGAUACCAACAAAACUGACAAGCAGACUGCUGAUGCCGACACCAUAGUGACCCAGAGCAAAAAACCUGUGAAAGUAGUAACCAAAAGAAAGUUAAAAGCACCAACAUCUGGGGUACAAGAUGAUGCAACUGAUUCCAAUAAGAAAGAUCCAAAGUCUGAUAAAAAGAAUGAAGAGAAUGCCGUGGCAGCUCCUAUUAAUGACGACACACAAAGCACUGGCAAGAAGGCUACUGAUGCAGAUACAAAAGCUGUGUCGGUGACUAAGAAAAUUGUCAAGGUAGUUCCUAAGAAGAAGUUAAAGUUGACAACCUCUGAAAAGCAAGAAGGUUCAGGCGAUUCAAAUAAAAAUGAAGUGAAGUCUGACAAAGAUGACAAGGAUGGAAAAGGAACUGGAGAAAAAAGUGGAUCCAAAACUGGAGAAAAAAGUGGAUCCAAGAUAGAUAAACAGAAAGCCUCUGAGAAAGAUACUACAAUUGUCAAGGGGAAACUGAAAGUUGGAGAUAAAUCAAAAGAUGAGAAAGUAUCAAAAGAGAAAGAUGGAAAAGAUGAGCCUAAAAGCAAACCCAGUAAAGAAGUGAAAGAGAAGAAGAAAUCUGAUGAACCUCCUCGGCACCCCGGAUUUAUACUUCAAACAAAAGCGACCAAAGAUUCUAAACUACGAUCAUUGUCACUGUCUCUGGAUUCAUUGUUGGAUUAUUCUGACAAAGAUGUUGAAGAAUCAACAAUUGAGCUUUCAUUGUUUGCUGAAUCAUUUUAUGAAAUGCUUCAGUUUCAAAUGGGUAGUAGGAUUUUGACUUUUCUUCAGAAACUGCGUGAAAAAUUCGUUAUCAAAAGAGCUCAGCGAAAGAGGCAGCGGGAAGAGGAGGAUAAUGCAAAGAAGUCUCGCACAAAACGUCAAAAAGGUGAUGAUCCUCCUGUUAAGAUUGAGACAGAUAUAGACACAUCAAAUCCAACCCCGGCAGAUAACGAGAAAGCUGUUGCCGAGAAUGAUAAUUCUAGUAAUAAGGAGGAUGAUGUGAAGAUGGAAAAUGCAUCAGAUGAGGAAGAUCCAGAAGAAGAGGAUCCGGAAGAAUAUGAGGAAAUGGAAAAUGGUAGUCCCCAACAGGACUCAUCCGAUGAUAAAAAUGCUGAGCUAGAGGCUGAUGCAAAGAAUGAAUCUGAAAAUGUUACUAGCAAUGAGAAACCAGCUGAUGAAACUUCUAAAGGAGGAAUAAAGGUUAAAGAUGAGCUGAAGGAGUCCAAGGAUGAUGUUCAACUCAAGGAAGAAAAGGAGAGCAAGGUUGAUAAAAUUAAGAAAGAUACCCCUGCUAAGGAGGUUGUUGUGGACAAAGAAUUGCUGAAGGCUUUUCGAUUUUUCGACCGGAAUUGUGUUGGCUACAUUAGGGUUGAAGAUAUGCGGAUAAUAAUCCAUAAUCUGGGGAUGUUCCUUUCUCACAGGGAUGUGAAGGAACUUGUACAGAGUGCAUUGCUGGAGAGCAACACGGGAAGGGACGACCGGAUACUUUAUAUUAAGUUGGUGCGGAUGAGUGACAUUUGA